UUUCCGUAACGUCCCGCCAGCUGUCGGAAUUACGUUUGUUUGAAAUCAAACGGCAACCGAAGUUGGUUGUCGUGUCGUGCGCGUCCGAUUUCCCGCGGAUCUCUGUCAUGUACGAGCGAUUUUAAGGCGAUCGAGACUACGAGGUUUCGUGGCGCCACACGGAGAAAGCGGGUCGGGCGCGCACUCGUUGUUUUUCGGCUAAAACGGUUUUUCUUACCCCGUGUGUCGUCUCGACAGGGGAGGACACGAUCCUGAUCCUACGAUAUACAGCGUUGUGUACUGAUUUUUUUUUUUCGUACAAACGACUUGGUCGCGUGCCCAGGUACAAUGGCCACGAUGAGGGUACACCAAGAGGAACAGAAGAGCCGCAUUGCCGCCGACCUUCGCGGCCGCGGUAAAGAGAACCUUGUCACGAAUGGGAACACGCAAACGCUGCAACAAACCAAACGCACUGUCCUCGGUGUCUUGCACAAUAAUUGUGCAGGACAUGGAGCGAAAUCGCAGGAGAUCUGCAAGGAUGAGAAGUAUAUCAAAACGAAACCUUUUAUAUCCACACAAACUUUCAAAAUUUAUGAGGAUAAAAAAGAAGAGACGGUCUUUAAGAUUCAUGGAGACAAAAAGGAAGAACCUGUCUUCAAGAUUUAUGAAGACAAAUUGGAAGAAGAGACAUCUGUUAUGCUUAGGGAUUUAACAGAAAAGAAAGAGACAAAAGCUGUGCAAGAAACAGUAGCAAAAUCUGAUAGAGAAAAGCCUAGGUUAGAAGUAGAUACUAUGGCUGCCUCUAGUCUUGCAGAAUUUCGUAAUAGCAUCGAGGAAAUCUAUCAAAGCAAGCAGGAUGAUACUCUUUCGAAAGAUAGUCCUAUGUCUUUGGGGAUGUCAUUGGAGAAGUCUCUGACAUAUAGCAGUUCUUCCAAUGAAGGGAAGAAUGAGUACAGAAACAGAAGAGAAUCUCUUAAGGAAAUGAGAAUUAACUUCUUUGAUGUAGACGAAUACAGGGCUGAUAUAUAUAAUUAUUUACGUGUAACAGAGACAUUACAUAGACCAAAACCUGGCUAUAUGAAGAAACAGCCUGACAUCACGUACACGAUGAGAUCUAUAUUGGUGGAUUGGCUUGUCGAAGUAGCGGAAGAAUAUCGAUUGCAAGAUGAGACGCUGUACUUGACUAUCUCAUAUAUAGAUCGCUUUUUAUCGUAUAUGAGUGUUGUAAGAUCAAAGUUGCAACUUGUUGGAACUGCUGCAAUGUUUAUUGCUGCAAAAUAUGAGGAGAUCUAUCCACCCGACGUAGGAGAAUUUGUAUAUAUCACAGAUGAUACAUAUUCGAAGACGCAUGUGAUAAAAAUGGAGAAUUUGUUAUUGAGAGUGUUAUCGUUCGAUUUAACUGUACCGACGCAUUUCACGUUUAUUAUGGAAUACUGCAUCAGCAAUAACUUGUCGGACAGAGUCAGAUACUUAGCAAUGUACUUGUGUGAACUGUCGAUGCUCGAAGCAGAUCCAUAUCUGCAAUACAUGCCCAGCCACUUGGCCGCAUCCGCAGUGGCGCUCGCGCGACAUACACUGCAAGAGGAAAUCUGGCCGCAUGAAUUGCAACUGUCCACAGGAUACGAUCUGAAAACUCUUAAGGAAUGUAUUUCACACUUGAGCAGAACCUUCUCCAAUGCUCCCAACAUCCAGCAACAAGCGAUACAAGAAAAAUACAGAAACAGCAAAUACGGUCAUGUAUCUCUGCUGUUGCCGCGUAGUACCGAGGCGGUAUCGUGCGAGGACGAUGACGAAGAGGAAAGUGCUUAGUAAAGAAUAUUGGACAAACACAAGAAUAAAAUGAUUUCUUGUGUAUAAAUAAUCAAUAAUGAAUCUCCAUAUAGAGGGGUUCUAUACAUCGAAAAUGAAGGAGGGAAUCAGGGCAAGGCUAACCUACCAUUCCUACAAUAUAGAAGGAAAGCGUAUGAUCGAUUUUUGUUAGCUUGUUUUGAUCUGGUUGAUGUGUUUUGCAAGAGCAAAACUGUCUCUGGCUGUCCCUAUCUUCGUCGCACGUUAUUUUGCAUCAUUGCCCGCGCUUGGGUUGUGACCAAACACAAAUUUUAAUAACUGUUUUGGAACUUUGUCAUUAUAUCAAUGUGCGAGAUUUUUCUAGAAAAAAAUUGCACAUUAUCUAGAAAUUGCCUUUUUGUAAGUAUUUUUUUUUUUUUCUAGAGGAUUGUUAAGACAAUAAGCACUGCCUCCCGCGGUACACGCAAACGGCUAAAAUCGAUUGCAAGUAAAUUAAUAAACUAAUAAGAAAAAUCGAUAAGCAAAGCGAUUUUGUAUUUAUUAUCAUUUUACGGUUAGAUACAUACGCUGGUUAACGAUGGAAAAAGAAAAAAAAAGAAAAAUAGGCAAAUAUGGAAAAAUGGCUUUGAGAUAUUUCCACAAAAUUAAUUAUACGUUUACAUCUACAUUUCGAUCAGUCCAUGUACAGUUAUUUAUUUACAGCAUUCUAGGUAUUGUAAUUAAUCAGAAGCAUAGUUUGCCUUGUUAGAAGUAAGAUGCCUUUUACAUAUAUGUAUCCUUAGAUUGCAUCAUACGAGAGUCAUAAAUUACGCUGUGCAAGAUUAUACUGUCAAUUUUCUCCUGGUCAAACUAUUUUUCACAACGACGUCUACGCUACAAAUGCAGGUGGACUUUCUACGGCCAUUUAUCCGUGAUGCAAUCACAAAUUUACAAUAAUUAAUACACGUGUUCUGACGAUGCAUAUAUUCGAUCAUAUUGACGUACAAUAUUGCACGGCAUAAUUAUUGCAUUUUCAUAACGCAAAAUACCUAGGUGUUCAUCAAAUCCGACAUGCAUGAGAAUAUGUUCAUACGAUUUCAAAUAUAAAUAUAAAAAAUGUUAUGGAAUCAUACACCGUUAAGUGAUUAUACACAUUCAGUUCUGCAUAAAUUGUAAAUUAUAUAUGGUCCGUUCCAUGGUUUCAAAUAGUCGAGUAAACAUGAAGACUUGAAUUUUCUUGGAAUUGUAUCCGUUGCUUAAACGUGAAUGGUUUUAAUUUUUAAAAUAUGCGCUAAAACAUUGGACGUUUGUGGAAAAAAUUCACCGAAGUCUCGUCGCAUACAUUAGAAAUUAGAAAAAAAAAUGUAGGAACGUUAUUGAAUUUC